CUUCGGUUCAGUCAGUUUUCGCACAGCGCUUGGCAAAGACGUGCACACGGUCAGCUGCGUGAAGUGAAGAAUUAGUCAAAAACAAUAAUAAAGAAGCGAAACACAAACGUAUUAACGGGAACGCCAUGGAGUUUAACAAUCGUUUGCUAUUGAAGAUCAUUGAGCUGGGUAUUGCCAUCGCCUGUGUUGUGCUCUAUGAGGUUGUUGGAGAUCUGAGCAAGCGUCCGCUGAUUGUGUGCGGCACCAUUGUGGGCUACACAAUCAUCUGCGCCGUCCUGCUGAUCGGGCACUUCAUCAACUCGGUUGUGGAGAAGCGUCUCAAUGCGCUGCUCUCGCUGCUCGGCUGCAUUCUGUUCGUGGCCUCCGGUGCCUUGGUCAUUGAUGAGUGGCAUGAUGCCUACGAUUUCUUGAAGGAUCGCAAGCGCAACGCCCUCGCAGCUGGCUCCCUGAUGAUCAUCAAUGGCGCCGUCUUUCUAUUGGACAUGCUCUCCAUUUGCAGAACGUAAGCCCCAAAAGCAAACAAGGGGUAUCCAUGCAGAGAACAACUGUCUCUCUGUCUCUCUCUACAAAUAUAUCUCUAAUUUUUUUUUUUAUUGUGAAUCGAAAUUCUCAUGGCUUCUGUGUGGGUCAUAAAAUGCGAAUAAUGAAUCUUGUGUAAACUAUAUAUAUAUAUAUAUAUAUAUAUAUAUAUAUAUAUAUAUAUAUAUAUAUACAUAUAUGAAUAUCAUGUACACCCAUCUAUAUACUAUAUGAUUGUUCGUUUUUGUUUUUUUUUUUUAUACAUAUAUAUACAUAAAUAUACGUAUACUAUAUAUGAUAAUAUCUAUAAAGCACUUAAGCUAAAUUCUGUUGCGCACGAAACAAAAAUUUGCUAAACGAAUAUUAAAUUGUUAACAGGAAUCCAUUAAAUAUAUCUAUAUCUGUAUAUGUAUUUGUUUAAGUAUGCCUGUGCCUAUGUGUGCACUCAGCUAUAACUGCUAAAACUGUUGAAUCUGUCUGAACUGGAAGUGGCCCAUGUUUUUCCAUUCAGCUGCACACCUGACCUGAUGUCACCUGUCGCCAGCUGCGAGGCCGAUCAAAUCUCACCAUUUACUCUUCAUUCCAUCCAACAAGCCAUGCACCAAGAUUGUUUUUAAAUAAAAUCUUAUCAUACGUACAAGCCUGGCAUGAUAUAACGAUUAUAUUCCCUACAGGAUAUCGAAUAUUUAACAACAUUUAAUUGUCAAUCUGAAAACUGUAUGUGUGUGCGUUUUUUUUUUUUUAUAAUAUUAAAUGCAAAUUCACAAAUUGUCA